GGCGGCGGGCGCCUCGGUGCCUUGUGUGGGAUGUAAGCUUGGAGGCCGCCGCCCGCCGCCAUGGGGCUGAAGGCCGCCCAGAAGACGCUGUUCCCGCUGCGCUCCAUCGACGACGUGGUGCGCCUGUUCGCUGCGGAGCUGGGCCGUGAGGAGCCGGACCUGGUGCUUCUCUCCCUGGUGCUGGGCUUCGUGGAGCAUUUCCUGGCUGUCAACCGAGUCAUCCCCACCAACGUGCCCGAGCUCACUUUCCAGCCCAGCCCCGCACCUGACCCUCCUGGCGGCCUCACCUACUUUCCUGUGGCUGACCUAUCCAUCAUCGCUGCCCUCUACGCCCGCUUCACCGCCCAGAUCCGUGGCGCUGUCGACCUGUCCCUUUACCCUCGAGAGGGAGGUGUCUCUAGCAGAGAGCUGGUGAAGAAGGUCUCCGAUGUCAUAUGGAACAGCCUCAGCCGCUCCUACUUCAAGGACCGGGCUCACAUCCAGUCCCUCUUCAGUUUCAUCACAGGGACCAAACUGGACAGCUCUGGUGUGGCCUUUGCUGUGGUGGGGGCCUGCCAAGCCCUGGGUCUCCGGGAUGUCCACCUGGCUCUGUCUGAGGAUCAUGCCUGGGUAGUGUUUGGGCCUAAUGGGGAGCAGACAGCUGAGGUCACCUGGCAUGGCAAGGGCAACGAGGACCGCAGGGGCCAGACUGUCAACGCGGGUGUAGCUGAGCGGAGCUGGCUGUACCUGAAAGGAUCAUACAUGCGCUGUGACCGCAAGAUGGAGGUGGCAUUUAUGGUGUGUGCCAUCAACCCUUCCAUCGACCUGCACACCGACUCCCUGGAGCUGCUGCAGCUGCAGCAGAAGCUGCUCUGGCUGCUCUAUGACCUGGGACAUCUAGAAAGGUACCCCAUGGCACUAGGGAACCUGGCAGAUCUGGAGGAGCUGGAGCCCACCCCUGGCCGGCCAGACCCACUCACUCUCUACCACAAGGGCAUUGCCUCAGCCAAGACCUACUACCGAGAUGAGCACAUCUACCCCUACAUGUACCUGGCCGGCUACCACUGUCGCAACCGCAAUGUGCGCGAAGCCCUGCAAGCCUGGGCCGACACGGCCACUGUCAUCCAGGACUACAACUACUGCCGAGAAGAUGAGGAGAUCUACAAGGAAUUCUUCGAAGUGGCCAACGAUGUCAUCCCCAACUUGCUGAAGGAGGCUGCCAGCUUGCUGGAGGCAGGCGAGGAGCGGCCAGGGGAACAGAGCCAGGGUACCCAGAGCCAGGGUUCUGCUCUCCAAGACCCUGAGUGCUUCGCCCACCUGCUGCGAUUCUACGAUGGCAUCUGCAAAUGGGAGGAGGGCAGCCCCACGCCUGUGCUGCACGUAGGCUGGGCCACCUUCCUUGUGCAGUCCCUCGGACGUUUUGAGGGACAGGUGCGGCAGAAGGUGCGCAUAGUCAGCCGGGAGGCCGAGGCAGCAGAGGCAGAGGAACCCUGGGGCGAGGAAGCCCGGGAAGGCCGGCGGCGGGGCCCGCGGCGAGAGUCCAAGCCAGAGGAGCCUCCGCCACCCAAGAAGCCCGCUCUGGACAAGGGCCCGGGCACCGGCCAGAAUGCGGUGUCGGCACCCCCUCGGAAGCCCGCAGGGACGGUCCCGGGCACUGCCCGAGGCCCCGAAGGCGGAAGCGCGAUUCAGGCGCCAACACCUGCAGCGUCGCCGCCGCCCGAGGGUCCGGUGCUCACUUUCCAGAGCGAGAAGAUGAAGGGCAUGAAGGAGCUGCUGGUGGCCACCAAGAUCAACUCGAGCGCUAUCAAGCUGCAACUCACGGCGCAGUCGCAAGUGCAGAUGAAGAAGCAGAAAGUGUCCACACCCAGCGACUACACUCUUUCUUUCCUCAAGCGGCAGCGCAAGGGCCUCUGAGAUAUUGAGGACUUCCUAACAGCCCACCCGGCCCCAGGGCCCGCCCUCAGUCCGUACCGAGGCUCCACCCUGGUCCUCCUGCUCCGAGCCCAGGCUCCGCCCCCAGCGCUCGGGGGCCUAGGCCGGGCGGCCUGCUCAGGACCAGGCCCCACCCCUACCCGGAACCCAGGCAUCUGGUCCUCGGAAUACAGACUUCAUACAUACCCCCUCUACCCCCGACUUAAGAUUCGCUCCAGCUCAGAACCGAGGACCCCGCUCCCAGAAUCCCAGCCGGCCGAUUGAAACUUCACCCCAGGCCCUGAUCACCGAUCUUUAAAGGUCCAACCCCUGGAAACUCCGGUUCCUCCUCAGAAUGGAGGCGCUAACCUAGAGCCAAACCGGAGUUGCUCCCAGCUCGCAGGGGCUGAGGUUUCACCCCUAACCCAAGUAGCACAGGUCCCAUCUCCAGCCCUGGAACCCAGAACCCCUGUUAGCCCCUAGGAGUACAUUUCCGCACUUCAGAAUUCCAACCCUUGGGAAUCCAAGUCCCCUACCCCAAAGAACUUAAGUCCUGCUCCAGAACUUGGAAAUCCUGGCUUCCUCUCCUUCCUAUCCCAAGAGCCCGUGACACGAAACUCUACCCCCAGCCGAUGAGAAUCCUGAGUCCUGUCCUCUCUCCUCUGACCUGACUGGUCCGGGAUCAGAGCAGGACCUCUCUUACGACCCUCUAGGAACCUCCCCGAGGUUCAGUCCAUCUCGGGGACCCGGGAGGAAAUCUGCAGGGGGUUGGGAGUGGGUGAAGGGAGCCUGAGCUCUUCCUAUUUUGUACAUAGAUUUAUUUUUCAGUUCUGAGGAAGAUAAAUACAUUUUGU